UGCCUGGCCGUGCAGCGUCGGCUGGCUGGCGUGGGCGUGGAGUUGGGCGGUGCAGCUCGUGGGUGGGGUAAUGAUCACCUUUGAGCGCUACGUGGCUGUCACUUCCCCUAUUACCGGUCAACUCUCGUGUCGCCUGGGUCUGUUGAUGGCAGGUAUAUCGUGGGUGUUUGGAGGCGUGGUAGGAGUCCUGGUUGCAGGCGGUCUUCCCUACUCGGUCUUGCAAAUCGUGUGUUCUCCUGUCAGCCAAGAGGAUCACGGCGGCGACCGAGAGUUCAUGGUGGCGAUGUUAUACGUGGUAGCACCUGGGGGUCUCCUUGCCUACGCGUUGGUGGUCUGCUUCUGGGCUCUGAUGGCCUCCGCUGUGAGGGAGCAGGGAAAAGUGAGUGUGAGCGCGGGCGGCAUCGUGAAGGAAAUGGGCGUGGGAGAGUGUGGGCGGCCGCGGUGUCCCUGCCAUGGUGAGGUAGAGCUGGUUACCAUCGCUAGGACGUCGGGUGCCUUCUGCCCCACCUGCGCCUCCUCCGGCUGGUGGGCGGACAUCCCGCAGCCGCAGGACAAACUGCAGGCCCUGUUAUGUUCCAUUGGGCAGUGGACGGCGCCUUUGCUCGUGGGGGCUUCGUCGUCAUCCUCGGUCACCCAGCCUGCGCUGACGAAGGGCGAUCCAUCGAAGGGCGACGCAGAGACAUCGAAGGGCGUCUCCUCUUCCACCAUCCCGGGCACGCCUUUGGACGAGGAAGACACCUUCACCCUGGGCGGCGUGUACAUCGGCUCGCUGGAAUCGCACAUUCGGACCCACCAGGCGUUCUGCAGCGGGAUGAACGUGCGGAGCCAAGGGUGCCAGACGGGCGAGCUGGAGGCGAGUCCGCCGGUGAUCGAGUGGCGGAUCCAAAUGUCCACGGAGGAGCUGAGCCGAGCCAGCCCGACCCUAGUGCACGUGGCGACGCAGUGCAGCUUCACGGGCGAGGGCGAGUGGCCCCGGCCCUCGCGAAGCCCCUCGCAGCGCUCUGCCUGCCAGGUGCUGCAGGUGUCGGGGGAGGUGUGUGUGCGGGACGCCAGAGCUCGUUUGGCGGGGCGGACGCGCGUCGAAGCUGGGCGCUCAGUGCCCGCGUUUCUGUUGGUCCUCCUGCAGAUGCUCCUGUGGUUGCCGCUGCCCAUUACGGCUCUCACGCUCUACUUCUCUUCGUGUAGCGCGACCUGGGCGUGGCGUGUCCUGCUAGUGAUCCUCGCUGUGACGAACCUCUCCCCUGCGCUGACGUCUGCAGUUUAUCUCGUCGCCGCGCGGUGAGCUCUCGGACGUUCCAGGCCUGGCACCGUCCGCCCCUUUCGUCGCCUCACGCCAUAUUCAGCUUGUACAUAUAGUGACGUAUGCCUCGCCUUGUCCCAGAUAAUCAUUGUGUAUAUGUAGUUAGAGGUAAACAUGAUAAUGCAUAUUCUGUGUACGUAUCCUUUUGAUUUUCGGAAAUAUUGGUGUUAUACACGUAUGUUUAUUACGAAUCUCCUAUAUACAUAUAAAUCAUUGUCGUUCCCUAAUCUCUGCAAAACCAGUGCCUAAUUGCUCCCCAAUAUCAUCUUGACUUUCAGAAAACAAUGAUUGUGAUGGCACUCCAGUUUCAUUCGUGUUGUCAAUAUGUUUCUUUACUCACUAAAGUAUUUUAGAAAUUU